UUCUUUAUACACUGCUGCAAUGUAUAACAAAGACCAAAACACUUUUCUUCACUGAGUCGUGUCAGGGGAAAUAAUAUAAUGGUAUAGGAAUUGGAGAAUAUCAUUUCAUUAUGACACACUAUAUUUUCUGUCAAUUAAAGCUUUAGUGUUAACUGUACAACAAAUAACAAUAACAGUGUGCAUUGAUGCAAAAGACCAUUGAAACAGUAGAGACUGGGCCCCUGAUCAGGUUUGGAAACAAUCUUACAAUCAUUGUGGAAGAAUUACAAAUCCCCCUUCCCACGCCCAGCCUUUCACCGUAGGGUCCUUAUGGCAGAACAUUCACAUCCAUGCGGUCCACUUUAUUUUAUCCAGUAGCCCAUAUAUGUUUCCAAGAACCUUUGGUCCGCCUUAACACGCAUCCUCCCACUGGAGUUUUGGCACGUCACGGUGAGGGCGGAGGUGGUGAGGUCCACACGGCGGCGCACAUGGGGGAAGCUGAUGAGGGUGUCAUCCAGGAACCAGCCGACUUAUUGGACAGGCCUGCGUGUUGCUGCUAAGGGCGUGGGCGGUCAAAUAUCCCACUUUCCUGAUUUUUUCUUAACCAAGACAUCAGCAUCCGCAUGAGCCGUACAUGAGCAGAGAGAUGCGCCGAUGAUGUGAGACGCCUCCUCCGACCUGAGGGAAACCGUGGCGCAGUGAGCGUAAUCUGAUAAGCGCCCGGGUCCAUCCUGCACAGGACAGCACUCAACUGCACGGAUACAAGAGGAACCGCUACGUGCGGCUAGUUGGAGGAACAAUGCAGAGAUGCUGAGGUCACACUUCACGGAGGCGAUUCAGGGUUUCGCCCGGAACACCUGCCUCGUUUGCACCAGCCAGAGAUUCCGGGUCGAUGAGCGCGCACAGGGGAUGACAGCUGCGCACUUGGCCGUCCCGUGAUGUGUCUUUGGAGGGAUUAAUGCGUCCUGGCCUGUCCGCGGUGAGGCCAGGGAUCUGUCUGCUGAACCGAUCGCAUGUUUUUAAAGGAGAGGGGGAAUUAUGCAAUGUGGAGGAAACACAUCCAUAGGUUAAACUGCCCACUACCACAGGCUCAACUUGGACAGCGCUGUGCAGGACUGCAGCAGUGAGGUGGCAGCGAGGAGGUGGCGCGCAUCCUCCUCCGAGCUGGAAACAUUUAUUCGGGAUGUUUUUUGUGCAGAACAAAUUCAAGACGUAAGGCCACAACACCGUGCGCCGGCGAACUGCGUCACUGCAUGCGAGUGUUGCAGGAAGCCAGUAAACUCCCCCUGCGCCGCCGGGAGGCAGAGGAGCAUGCCAUUCACCCCCCUCCCUGUCGCCGGUAAGUGUCUCACUAGUUACCGGGCAUGGAUCCGCCGGAUGACUCAAGUAGAGAUCCGCCCCUGGGCUCCACAUACUCCUCAGCACCAAAUCUAGACUCGGACAUAAACGCAAAUGCCUGCAGGCCUGUCUAUGAGAACGGGACGGACCACAAUGUCAACAUCCAGAGCGCAGCCCUGCGGGGAGCCAGCGACCCCAGCGCGUACCCCUCCACGGACUACCUUGGGCUCAUCCGCCAGAGGUUCAUCCGCAGGAGUCUGUGGGUGUCGGACACCGAGGAGCAGCAGCCGGUGGUGGACACGCCGGAGUGUGUCGACAGCAGCCCGGUGCUCAGCAUCGACCUGCGCACCAUCGUGGAUCGGAGUAGGACCCGGGUCCUCCAAGGGACCCACCUGGGGCUCGGGGAGACGUCCAGCACGGAGAGCCAGGCGGGGCUGAAGGAGAACACCACGGAGAGCGUGAGCGCGGACGAGGGGAAGGGGGAGGGCAGCGAACCCGAGCCCAAGGCCGAGGUGGUCGUGGUCGUGCCCCCCGACGUCACAGGUAAAGCGGGAAGUGAUGAGAACGAAGAGGAGCCAGGGAUGAAGGCCUUGUCCACCUCACCUGGGGGCCGCUUCCUCAAGUUUGACAUUGAGCUGGGCAGAGGGUCCUUCAAGACCGUCUACAAGGGUCUGGACACCGACACCUGGGUGGAGGUGGCCUGGUGUGAACUCCAGGAAAGGAAACUGUCUAAAGUUGAGCGACAGCGGUUCAAGGAGGAGGCUGAGAUGUUAAAGGCUCUGCAGCAUCCCAACAUUGUGCGGUUUUAUGACUUCUGGGAAUCCCCGGUGAAAGGGAAGAAGUGUAUCGUUCUGGUGACAGAGCUGAUGACCUCAGGCACACUAAAAACGUAUCUGAAGCGCUUCAAGGUGAUGAAACCUAAAGUUCUUAGGAGCUGGUGCAGACAGAUUCUCAAAGGCCUCCACUUCCUCCACACGAGGACUCCUCCAAUCAUCCAUCGAGACCUCAAGUGCGACAACAUCUUCAUCACUGGCCCCACAGGCUCUGUCAAAAUAGGAGACCUCGGCCUGGCAACACUAAAGAGGGCCUCCUUCGCUAAAAGUGUCAUUGGCACUCCUGAGUUCAUGGCCCCGGAGAUGUAUGAGGAGCACUAUGACGAGGCUGUGGAUGUCUAUGCCUUUGGGAUGUGCAUGCUGGAGAUGGCCACCUCCGAAUACCCGUACUCCGAGUGUCAGAAUGCUGCACAGAUCUACCGCAAAGUCACCAGUGGGGUGAAACCUGCUAGCUACGGUAAAGUCAGCGACCCCGAAAUUAAGGAAAUUAUCGGGGAGUGUAUCCGUCACAGAUGGGAAGACAGGUACUCCAUCAAGGACCUCCUGAAUCAUGCCUUCUUUGCAGAGGAUACAGGUGUGAGGGUGGAGCUCAAUGAGGAAGACGAUGGGACGAAAUCAUCUAUUGGUCUGAAGCUGUGGGUGGAGGAUCCUAAAAAGCUGAAGGGAAAGUACAAGGACACUGGUGCUAUUGAGUUCACCUUUGACUUGGUGAACGAGGUCCCAGAGGUCGUCGCCCAAGAAAUGGUUGAUUCAGGUUUUUUUCUGGACUGCGACGUCAAGAUAGUGGGGAAGUCCAUCCGAGACCGUGUGGCUCUCAUCAAUUGGAAGAGGGCGCGCACUGUCUCGACAGGAAAUGAUGAGACGCAGCAGAACCUUCUGCAGGUGCCCAGUACUGGUGUACCACUGGGAGCCACAGCAGCCACAGCAGCCACAGCAGAUAAUGAGGACCAAGAGGGGGAGCAGCAGACGCUCAUCUGCCCUGUGCCAACCACCACAUCUACUACAUCUGACAGUGGAGGGAGCUCUAUCAUGCAGUUAGACGACCUAAACAAUCAGCAAAACAGGCCCUACCAGUCUCCUCCAGAGCCCGUCUCCACGGCUCACAUGGUUUACAGUCCUCCUGCACAGGCUGACCCUCACCUGCACCACGGGCCCUACCAGCAGCCCACAGCACAGGCCUCUCUUGACCACUACACACAAGCAUCCCCACAGUUACAUCAGGGAGGCUACCCUCAACUGCAUCCUGGGGCUUAUCAACAAACUGCAGCACAGACCUUUCAGUCUCUAACAACAGUUUCUGCUCCAGCUACGCCAGUCCCCACUCUGCUCCAGACGAGACAGACAGCCCAGAGCUUCCCGGCUGCAGCCCCCAUUCUACAGACGCAACCUGGACAAGAGCAGUGUCAUCUUCAACCAGCUGCCGUCCUGCCGCAGUUUCCCUCACCAUAUCCUGUUGUUCAAACAGGGGGCCACAAGUCCCCUCCCUUCUCCCCAGCUCCUCUGCCAUCUACCUACAGCAGCAGUGGCCUGUCUAUGUUGAGCACCUACCACCCACCUUCACCCCGCUAUCCCUCCCUCCCUCUGACCCCUCAUGCUACCAUGCCCACUUUUACCCAUCAAGGCACCCCUCAGACCCCUCUGUCCACAUCCCAACACAUGCCUGUAGUGGCACUCCCAAUCCCACUCCUCAACAUGGUCAGGUCGCCUGCAGCACCCCAGCAGCAGGGCGGCUUCCAUACCACCCAUCCCUUACCUCUCUCCCAGGUACGAACCACCCCAUACCCCGCCCCCCACCCUGAGCAGGAACUGGCUGAGCAGCCUGUCCAGGUACAGACAAACUUGGGAGAAGUUCAGCCUCGGGCUCCAGUCCAGCCUGUCUUGCAUGCUGUUCAGACUCCUCUCUGGGGAAUCGCAGCCGAUGCAGAAACUACUGUACAUGCUGAAACUCAAACAGCACAACAACAAACAACAGUGUCAGCCCAAGCUGCAGCUGUACCCCAAACUCCAGCUUCAAAUGUCCCAACUUCAGCCCCAAUACAGGUUUCAAUAGCUCCUGCCUCGGCUCAAGCACCAGUCUAUGCACCAGGUCCCACUUUUGAGCCAUCUCGUGACUCAUCUUCUGUCAUGGGUAAACCGCAUCACUCGGCCCGAGGUUUGGUCUUGGGCCCAAUCCCUUUCAACCUGCCAGUCCCAGGUAAAUCUGCAGCCCCAGCUUCUGCUCCUGCUUCAGCUCCUGUCGCAGUUUCAGGCUCUGCUCCAGUUCUGCAGGCUGCUGGCAUCCAGACGGCGGUGUCACUGCCUGAGUGUGCCAGCCUAGCCACGACUCAGCAAAACCUCGAAACCACAUUUGCAUCCCACAUCCUUCAACAGGAGUCCACUGCUGAGGAUGUGCUUCAGGACAAACCAGUAUCUUUACCCAGCUAUGCGUAUGACAGUCUCAACUCUGAUGUGGCAUCUGGUAAGGAGACGAGCGAUGGCUAUGACAGCUUGGCCAGUGUGGGGAAGGGCGAUGGAAAACCCAGGAAACACCACCGCAAGUCUGCCCGAACACGUUCUCGCCAAGAAAAGACAAGCAAACCCAAACUAAGCAUGCUCAAUGUUUGCAACACUGGAGAUAAAAUGGUGGAAUGUCAGCUGGAGACUCACAAUCACAAAAUGGUGACGUUCAAAUUCGAUCUGGAUGGAGAUGCACCGGAGGAGAUUGCCACUUACAUGGUGGACAAUGGCUUCAUCCUACUGUUAGAGAAGGAGAUCUUCAUUGACCAGCUGAAGGACAUCGUGGAUAAAGCGGAGGACAUGCUGAGUGAAGAUGUAGAAGGUGAAAGAGCAUCGACCUUGAGUUGUAGUCCUCCACAAGGCCAGAUGUCUGAGGGGUUAGUGGGAGAGAGUCCGCAGCCUGGAGCACCUCAGCCUGUCUAUCAGCAGAAUGUUCUUCACACCGGGAAAAGAUGGUUCAUAAUCUGCCCUGUAGAGGAGACCCCCACAUCCAGCCAGGAGACCCCGUCUGACGGCACGGCCACGCAGUCUCCUGCGAGUUCGACCACUACCCAGCCUGCAGACUGCAGUGGCACUGCGAGGCCUUCCAGAGAAGACGGCUCAUCUUCUACAAUGUCCGGAGGAAGUGGAGGCUUCUCCUAUGACGUGUAUGGAUUCUGUAGUCCCCCAAUCAUGUCCAACACUGACCCACUUCUCUUCGCCACUCUGUCCCCUCCUGUGUCUGCUCCCCCAACCCUCCAGUCCGUAUCAUCAGUUGAGCCUGCUGGCAGCUCUGUGCCGCCCAGUGUGCAUCAGGCCCAGCCAGCAAGGGCUCAGAAUGUGCCCCCAUCAUCCCCACAUGCGUCUUUCCCAGUCGAUGAGUCACAAGGAUCCCCUCUAGGACCCGUCUCCCCGAUCCACGCCGCUCAGCAGAUGCCUGACAUGAUGAGUCCUGUUUCUAUAGCUGAGGAGGUGCCCUGCUGCCCUCUGGUCAUGCCACUUUCUCUGGAUGUGAGCGGUUCACAGGGGGGGUCUCCCCUGACCCCGCUUCCUCUCCAGGAGCCCGAUUCAGCCAAAGAGCCGCUGUCUGUCUCCUAUGCCUCAGCGACACGAAGCGAGCGACCGCAGCAGCCUGUGGUGCUCCACCAGCCUUAUUCCAGCAUGGGAGGGACCAAAGUGUCCUCGCUACCCCAGAGCCCAGCGCCAUCCCAGCACGGUGCAGGGCCCGGUGAGUCAGAUGGCGAAGGACGGCUUGGCCGCGGGGGCUUUGUGGACAGCACCAUUAAAACACUGGACGAGAAACUAAGGAACUUGCUAUACCAGGAAUAUGCCCCGAUGUACCCAUCAGGCAGUGCUGCAGAGACACCAGGCUCCUGCACUGAGUACAUCCAGUCUCCUCCUGGUCCAGACAGCGCCAUGGGAGGGUCAGGAAACAGCACGCCAGGGCCGAUGGGGGAGGGACGCUACAGGACAGGGGAACAGCUGCCUCAGAUUCCAGAGAGAAUGGACAGUUUGAGCACACUGAGUGACUCGGCCGUGUGUGCUUCCAUUUCAAGAAGACACGUUCCUCACUCUGUCUCCUGCUCCGGAGCCAGAGGUCGAUUUAAGAUCAUUUCUGUUCCCCCUGAAGUGGCAAACAGACGAGAUGUGAAACAAAGGAGCUGGAGCAGCGCUGCCUCACCAGCACACCCAGUUACUUACAGGCAGGACCAUGUUCAGGCUGAGGCCAUGGUCACCUCCACCACAAUCGGCCGUUUCUCUGUGGUUAGUACUGAAGACGACCUCACACAGAGUACACGCUUCAGCCGCUACUCUGCCCCGCCUGAUUUCUACCUGGACACGCCUCCUUCCAUGGCAAAGCGGGGCUCCCUGCCUCGUGCCCUGACCUCACCCUCCGUCCCUGUGGACGUCACUGUCCAUGCUCGCUUCCUCUCCUCAGACUCGGGGGCCGAGAGUAGCCCUGCGAAGCUGGCCCCUGCCACCCCAUCUCAGCGGACUCGCUCUGAGCGCAGAGGAAGUGACCUCAUGAAGAGGGCGGUGGCCUUCCUCCGUCGCUCAGGGCGCAGCAGCAGUGUGCAGAGCUCAGACUCACCAAGUAGGCAUGGGGGCGUGCAUGGCUCAGCCUGUGGCAGCAGCGAUAAUGACUCAGAGAUGGAUGACUCAGACAUGAAGAGGGAACUGCAGAGACUCAGGGAGAAACACCUAAGGGAGAUCUCUGAGCUGCAGGCCCAUCAGCGUGGAGAGGUGGAACUGCUAUAUAACCGGCUGGGCAAAGCGGCUCCACCUGGCCUUGGUCUGUCUCACACUGCACCGAAUAACGGCCGUAGAAAGAGGUCGAGCAGGCACAAGCUGAAGCCUGGCAAACUUCUCAGCCCUCUGGUCCAACAGUUCAGAAAUGUCACAACAAAAAGUAGUGACUCCAGCAGAUCCGCUGCUGCUGCUGCUGCAGGCAUAGGUGAGCCUACACUGAGUUUAAAUGGCUCUCCAGCCAAAGGGUCUAUCCCCUCACAAGGCCGGGCACGGUCGUGCACGAGCCACAUUCCCAGCUCGACCUCAGAACCUGUGCAGACUCAGCAGCCUUGCUCCCUAAAGGGCUCUUUGUCGUCAGAUAAUAUUUACGCUGGACUACACGGAGACGGUACCAGCACACAAGUUCCACCUGCACAAGGCUGGUCUAAUUACCCUCAACCAUCUGAGAGAGUCACCUAUAAAUCCAGUAGCAAGCCACGAGCUAGAUUUCUCAGUGGGCCUGUGUCUUUGUCUAUCUGGACAACACUGAAGAGACUAUGUAUUGGGAAAGACCGCGGCAGCAGGUCUGCAGCCGGAGCGGGCACCUUCAAUCAAUCCCAGCAGCUGCCUGCCGGUGCCACACCUCCACCUCCUCCUCAUCAGCCGGUGAUGGGACUGGCCCAGGCCCAGGCAAAUAACAGCAACAACAAGACAGGCACAUACACGGGCACCUCCAUGAGUGAAAAAGACCUGCCUGAAGACUUGCAGCGGCUGAUGGAGGACUGGGCCCAGGAGGUUCUUAUCGUCACCCACAGGCCGCGCACCAACUCUCUGAGCAUCAGCGGGCAGCAGCUGUGGGAUCAGGUUGUGCAUCGAACACACAGACAACUGGAUAGUGCUUCAUAUGUAUCGUCAUGGACAGGACUUGGUCCAGAGGCCUGCACUCGGUCCCUGACAUGGCCGGACAGCCCCAGGUCAACGAUGACGACCAGCCCCUCCACAGGGCCCCAUCCCAGCUAUCAGCUACACUCUCCCGCUCCUUUCAGGGCCUUGUCCUCCUUCCCUCUUCCUUCAGGAGUUUUUGUCUUUCCUGUCGCGCCCUCAGCCCAGGACGCGCCCACCCCCACUGCAGCUCCAUCAUAUCAGCCGCCCGACCCCAAAGCCAGGACUCUUUAACCUGAGUAGCAUUGUGUCUUCCAAGUCUUUUACCAAAAACAAAUCUGGUUAUAGUUCUAGUCGAUCUUAUGUGCAUAUACUGUAUAUAUCUAAACAGCAUGUAAGUUACCUUAUGUACAUACCCGUCUAAAGUUUUAUGUUGUUUCUAUGUUUCAUUUGCAUCAACAUACCUCAUGUGCAUACUGUACAUCACAUUUGUGUGCAGUGUGUUGGUAGUAGUACAUUUAAAGAUGUAUAGUUUGCUCAGUCAGGCUCUAAAGUGCAGAUUUCAUUAAGUGCUUACAUACUGGACGUCUCCACCUACUGUACAUAAUGUACCGUUCAUCCAGGCUUUGUUUAUAUAAAUACUUCAUGUUUAUGUUGCUCAUGUACCUCCCUACAUAUAAGCUGACCUGUGUAUAUAUAUGAAUUCUUGUUUGUACAUAGCUCCUGUGUUUGUACAGUUAUCAUUAGGUAAACAAUAGGUCGGUGCUGCAGCUACGUGUCUUAAUGCAACAACCUAUUAGUCACCAUCAUGCCGUCACUGUGAAGACUUGACUUCCUGGUCACUAGGGCCGGUUUGCUUUACUCUGUUCUCUCAGUCCAAGGACAGGUUUCAUUCCUCAUCGAUGAAAUGCUUCCAGCACAAGCGCUUGAAACUUGAUUUGAAUGAACUUGAACUUUGUCUUCAGGUGAAAAAAAAACAAAAAAAACCCACCUGUGAGAGUGCCUUGAAUUGCAGUUUCAGUUUUCUGAAGAAAAGCAUUUAGAUUCAAAGCAGACACUAGAUAUUCUAUAUAUACGCUUUCACUUCCAAAGGUAAAUUAAACAAUUUGAAUAACGAAUGAGGAUAAAAAAAAAAAACAUUUUUGGUUUAGCGAUGGAACGUUAUAUAUCAGGUCGAGGUUGCAGCUCAUUAAAUAUCACAGAUUGUAAGAAAAUGUUCUGAAAACAAGAAAGGUUAUUUAAAGACAGUAACUUUUUCCUUGUUCACCAGAGUUGGUUUUGGUGGGAUUACUCUGCCACCUGCACCACAGCCUGCAUGAAUACACUGAUAUUCUGAAUGUGCACAGGUAGAUGUGGUGAGUCACGGGAGGAUUUUUCGGUAUUGAAAUCAUAUGACAAGGAGGUCUGAAGGACUCGGCGCACGAGUCAAAAAUCAUAAUCAUCCCAUACCUCUACCAAUGCAGUCUGUAGCUUUAUACUGUAUAUCGUUGCCUUUGCGGUUUUUAAGAGAUUACUGUUUGGCUGGUGGCUGUUUGAUACAUGCUGAUGAUAUGAGGACGUUACAGGCACAGUCAUGAAGAAUGUGAACUAACGAGAGGUCACAACUCUUUGUAAAAUUAGUAGGUUUUGUAAAUUGUGUUGAAUAGACACUGGCCUCACACAAUCAACCGGCUCAUGCAGCUAAUUGUAUUUAUCGUAGCUGGAUUCAUUUUAAAGAUCUCCAACAAAUAUUGCACUAUCACCGCUUCAGUUAUUUAAAAAGUACAGCCUCGAAAAAUAACAUCUUUAAUUUUGAGGUUACUGUAUGAUUCCCUCAGAGGAAUCGUUAGCUGAAUGCAGCAUUGAUUUGAUGUAUUCCUUAAAAAUAAGUGGCAGAAAAAAGAACUAGGACUGGGAUAAUAACUUACAUAGCAAAACAGUUAUUUUCAUAUCUUUCAUCCCCUUUAACUUUUACAUAUGGUUCCUACCUUAUUGUUUUAGUUAAAUGGGUCAUUAUGUUUCAGUACAGCCGGAGGUCUCACAAGAGAACCACAGAGGCUGAGAUACUCUGACUCAAAAGCAUGAGUGAAGAUCCAGAAACGCUGGCAACCGCAUUUCCCAUAAUGCACCUCAGUAACAUCACUGGCAUCAUCAGAAGUUAGUUUUAAUCAUUAAACAGCAGUUUGCACAGGCUUAGUUAUUACUCCCUGUGGUGAGUAAACAGAACUUUAUGAGUUUAUUUGAUUGUGCCCUGAUAAAAUUCCUCCAUGUUUGCACAAAAUGACAAUAUUUUAAAAUUAAAAUGAAUUACUCUCUUAAAGGCACAAUUUAUUUCGUGAUGACAUCGAUUUUUUUUAUUAUCUUUGUGCUUCACACAGUAACUCUUUAAUGCUUGCCAUGAAAGGUAGUUGUACGUUUGCUUUUGCCUGCUGUAUCACCCGUUUUCCCAGAGAAGCUGUACAUAUUUGAAGACAGUGAUAAUAAAUUCCUUUUUGCUUGACACCAUA